AUGUCGUCGACCGGAAUUACAGUUGGGAAGCCUACUGACACACCGUCAGUUUCGGCGCCACCCUUCACUGGAGAUGUAGCGGUAGAAGACGCUGUACCCGGUCCGAGCGGCGACAGGCGGACGGACGCCCUCGGGAACGUGCUUCGAAUGAGGAGUCAUAAAGGCUUUGGCGUUGACGAAUACCUGGAAAGGUAUGGAUAUUUAGUGACUGUGCGGGCUUUGUCUUCGAAAUCUGCGACUAAGGGGGCCAAGUCGCCAGGCGACACGAGGCACGAUGAACAAGACCGACGGUUUGCCAUUCAGAAGUUCCAGCAGUUCGCUCAACUGCCGCAGACGGGCGUUGUAGACGAGCAGACGAUAAUCAAGAUGCAGCAGCCGAGAUGUGGAGUCCUUGAUACAGCCGGGUCAUUCCACGACCCAUCUCGUCCUCUUCAGUUCAAUGCCGGUGGUAAAUGGCUGAAGGAUGUUGUCACAUGGAAAGUCGCGGGGUUCAGCGACAAACUGCCUGUGGAACAACAGAGGAUUGCCAUAGUGAAUAGCUUCCGCCAUUGGGGCGAGGCCAGUCGUCUGCGCCUUGAGGAGACGGAAGGGGAUGCAGACAUAGUCUUAAAUUUCACUUCCGGUAACCAUGGAGACGGCGAGUAUAACGCAUUCGACGGACCAGGCGGGGUCCUGGCACACGCCUUCCUGCCCCCGAAUGGCGCAGCCCAUUUCGACAACGAGGAGAACUGGGUUUUCCACGAGCCUGUAGGGGCUGAACUAGAGACGAUCGUCACGCACGAGAUAGGCCACUCCCUGGGGCUGCUCCACUCGACGGUGAGGGGCUCAGUGAUGGUGCCAUUCUAUCGCGAGUACAGCCGGAACUUCAGCAUACACAUCGACGACGUCGCCGGACUUCAGUAUUUAUAUGGGAGAAAUGAGCCCGCUGUUGUGGGGACAUUUUCGGCGACAAGUGCGACCACAACUUCACCAAUUGCCAACACAACUCCACCGACUUCCGCGAUGACGUCAAAAUUGUCAGUGACGUCACUUGCAGUAACAGAUGUGCCCUCUAGAGACCAACAAACGAUCGUCGACAAACUUUGCUUCCAACGUAUCAGCGCGGCCUCGACUGACAAAGACCGGAAUACGCUGCUCUUUAUCGGUCCAGCACGUGUACAAGUUCUACGAACACUGCAUCGGUCACGCCUCCUGCCUUGUUUCCGGCUAUCCUAGACUUAUCACAGACGAAUACGAACACGGACCCAGUAAGGUUUCCGCCGCCCUGUAUAUACCUGACCAUAGAAAGAGAACCUAUCUGUUAAAAGGUCGGAAGUUAUGGCGUUAUACAGGGAGUAAACUCGACCUAGGGUAUCCUCGCCAGAUGAACAAGAGUGAUCUCCCUUAUAUGCCGACAGCGUCUUUCCUACACAAGAACCAGUUCGCAGACUAUCAAUGGUACAUUUUUGGGGGCCAGUAUUUCUGGGAGCUGCGCCUCGACUCUGAGACUCUGGCAGGCGAGGUGAUGAAGACGCGGGUCUUCUGGGACAAGAUGCCCACAAUGCCGGAUGCGAUUGUACAGACCCGAGACGGCUCCAUAUACGUGUUCAAGAAAAACGUUUACAAUAAAUAUGACCACCGUCGUGUAUUACUGGAGAAGAGGAAAUCGCUAUACGAAGAUUUCCUAGGAGCAAAGUGUCUAAACCAAGCCAGGUCUCAACGGAAGCAAAGAAGAAGGAACAACUAGCGGGAAGACGUAUUAGUAUACUGUCGAUCUUCUUCGAAAACCGAGUCAUUUUCGAUCAUUUUCUGUAGACAAAGAUACUUAUUAUCCAGGAACUAUGGCGUUUUAUAAAUUGAUUAUAAAUGCGUGCACGCGCUAAAUACUUGCCCAUUUACAUGUAACAACAUGCAGUGAUAUUGUUAAAUUUUUAUCAGCAGUUUGUCCAGAAUUUUGUCACAUUACCAAAACUAUGCCUUAUGAUUGGACAUCAUGUUAAGUAUUUUCGCAGAAAAUGUGUUCACAUAAAAUCAUAAUGUUCGCGAUUUUCGAAGAACAUGUUAUCUUAUUUGAAUAUUUCGCAUUACUGUAAAUGUUUUAAAUGUAAAUAUAUUGCCAAUGAACGGCAUAUUAUUUAAACAUUGUUACGUCACUAAGUAAAGACCGGUGGUAAAACAACAAAAUGAACGGUUAUGGAGAUCUCUUUUUAAUGUAUUUGCAUUCUUUGGUGAUUCAUAUUUGUAAUUAUAUAUAUUGAGUCAUUUACAAUUCGUAGAUGAGAAUGCGUAUUAUUGUGUAUUAUGCUUUACUGAUGUAUAUAUUUGACUAUCUUAUUAUGUGAUUCCGUCUCUCACUCCCAAUUUUGUCGCGCGAAACUAAAAAAAAGUGUUGGUGCUAUAAACUUCGAUAUUUUGCUUUGGAUGUAUUCGAUAUUUCCGGCUCUGAAUAAGCAACAACAAAUACAUUUAUAUUUUUCUCGCGCGCAACUCAAAAAACAUUGAUGUUAGAAAGCUGAAGUUUUCGAAGACAGUAACCAGCACGUGAACUCUAGCACUUCCAUAGUUGAAUGUGCAGGUUUUCUUUACAACUGGAAUUUCGACCGUUUUUAUAUUAAACAAAACAUUUUUUCACUUGGAAAACUCAUAAAAAGUAUUUGCUGAUAGAGGGCUGAAACUUUUAAAGUGAUUUUACAACAGAUGUGAAAAUUGUACACCUUCAUUUUAUGUUUUCCACGCAACCGGAGUUAUUGCCCUUUAUUAAAAAACUACGUAUUUUUUACAUAGAUCCCAAAGUUUACAAUUUGCAAACGUUUUUAUCAUCAUUUGACAUUGCGCACCUCCAUAUUUUAAUAAGAAUGUUUUCUGCAAAGAUAUUUUCACAAAAAAAACUCUUUAUUCUUGUGAAGCGUGUAACUGAACGCAUAUUGCUGCUUGCCGGUUAAAAAAUUGAACAGCAGACCUCCAUUCAUUGUUCCAGUCUGCUCCGACAUAUGUUGAGUUUUCUGAGAAAAUCUGGAAAAUCCCUACCCAGACACAAUUCUUAUUAAUAUUUUAUGUUAACAUGAUGAACAGAGUAUUACAGGGAUGCUGAUUUAAUCAUUUUAUAUAUUUAGUCAUAUGCAAUAGCAUGAAAUUAAAGGGUCCUUUUCACGUUUUGGUGAAUUGACAAAAUUAUAAAAACAAAUUGUUUGAGAUUCGCAAAUUUACGUUAUUGUUAUGAUAUGUGCGAGGAAACAGUCAUACUGAACAUUUAUCAUGCUCUAAAAUAUAUAUUAUAUAUAUGCAUCUUUUGACGAUUUAAAAUCUGAAACUUAUAAAAAGGUUUCAAUGCGAAACGAUCGAAAAAGUUUGGAGAGUUCUGUUAUUGUCGUUAUAUUUUGUGACAAUACGAUGAUUGAUUAUAUAAAGUAUGAAAUACGUCUCUGAUUCUAUGAGCACGAAUGGCAAAGUGGUCUAAGCGGUAGACUUUUACUCCAGGGGUCAGCGGUUCGAGCCCAGUUGAGGGUUACUUUAUAUUUCUUUUUUUAAAUAUCAUUCUUGUGUUGUUGUUUUUCUGGAAACUUGUAGAUCCAAGUUUUACAUUUAUCAAUUUUAAGCAUUUAAUGACAAGCUUAAAUAUCUGCCAAAAUUUGUGAAAAGGUCCUGUAAUAACUUAAAUGGAUUUCAACUAAAAUUUUAGAGAAGGCCUCUAUUUGUUUACUUUACUACGCUAUCUCAAUUUGCGUUUAAAGUUUGUUUUGAUGUUGUUUUUACAAUAAUUAGCAUCGUUUACAACUUCUUGUCAUUGUAUUCCAAAUAAAAUGUUUAUAGUUAUAUUAUUGCAUAGUGUUUUUCAACAACGUGUGUUCAAUAGACGUAGUGGUCGCCGAUAACUAUAAUCGUAUGGCGUGUAAAAUGGAUUAUAUAUAUAAGAAAACUAUAAAAUACCCCACCCCAGUUCUUACACCGUACAAUACUAGUAUGCAUAAUCCGUAUAAAAUCACUUCAAGAUUAUAGUAAUUUGUUGCGUCUAAUAAAAAGAGUUAUGCGUUUUCAUUUUAUGAACAUUUAAAUGUGUUGAUUUUGAUUGUAUUAUCUAUAUUUUUCAAUAUAUUAUUCUUUUAUUUUUCUUUG